AAACGACUUUUCUUCUCUACACAAACACACUAAAGAAUCCCACCAGAUUUUCAUUUUUGGUACUUUGAUCACACACUCGAUUCCACAAAUUCUGCCAUGGAUGAUGACAGUGAUCGAAGCUCCGAAGAAACUCAAUUGGAAGAAAAUUCAACAGCAGAGGACGCGAACAACCUCGACGAUGACGACGCUGAAGAUUCCGCCGGGGUUGAUGAAAACACUGAUGAUCAAAGAGAUGUUAGUCCACUAGAAAUUUCUCAUGUAUCAGCCGAAGAAGAUUUGAGAACUUGUCGAUCUUUGACCCUAGUCUCUGGUUUGUCGGAGGUGCCGGUGAAAUACGAGAUGCGACGGGAUGAGUUGGAGCACUUGAAGAAUCAACUUCAAGGGAGUCACCAAGAAGCCUUAGCAACUGUUAUAGCUCAGGCUGCUCAGGCUCAUUCCGAGAGUCAGCUCAAAUUGCCGGGGGUCCUAUCUUCGUCCAUAGGAUUAUCAUCUAUGCCUGUCACAUCCAUUUUAAGUCUUCCAUCUGUCCCCGUGCUUUCAAGUCUUCAAUGUUCAAAUUCACAAGGACAAAUUGUGUCACUGGUGGUGAAUGCUGAUAGCAUUCAUGUGGCCGAAGCGAACCAGAAGGAUGCCACUGGCACUGAUCCUAAACCUUUACCUGUUAAGAUACCUAUGGACGGUUACAACUGGAGAAAAUAUGGUCAGAAGCAAGUAAAGAGUCCUGAAGGUUCUCGAAGCUAUUAUAAAUGCACAUACAUUGAAUGUGAUGCUAAAAAGAUCGAGUCCUGUGAUCAAUUUAAUUCUGUCACAAAAAUAGUUUAUAAAGGCCAGCACAAACAUGAUCCACCUAAAAAAGUAUCUUCCAGGGGAGGUAAGAUUUUAUCAACUCCAAAAUCACCAAAAAGAAAAUCAAUCUCGACACCUGGAUUAAAGGACCAUCGAUCAAGUGGUUCUGUUGGCUGUGUUCCAAUUCAAGUUGAGCAGGUUGAUGAGCCACAACAAAAACAGAGAGUAAAGAAAAGCAGCUCAGAAAAUCCUGGUUCUGUCCUGAAACAUCCAAAAAAACCCAAGUUUAUUGUACAUGCGGCCGGUGACGUAGAAAUAUCAGCAGAUGGCUACAGAUGGAGAAAGUAUGGGCAGAAGAUGGUGAAGGGAAAUCCUCACCCAAGGAACUACUACAAGUGCACAUCUGCUGGAUGUCUAGUAAGGAAACACAUUGAGAAGGCUGUGGAUGGUGCAUCAGGGGUAAUGAUAACAUACAAAGGAGUGCAUGAUCACGACAUGCCUGUACCAAAGAAACGACAGCCUCCGCCUACACAUCUUCUUAAUGCCAAGAGAAGUGAAUCUACCACUGAAACAGCAAAGACAAGUGAAACGACUCGAACCCUUUUGAGUGUUGGUUUCGAAAUCAAAAAUUACUGAGUGAGAGGCAGCUACAUUUUGCAGGUAAGAUCUAACCCCUUUCCCUAGAUAUAUUUGGUGUCCAAAUUGUUGUAUAUGGGUUGGAGGGUUGUGGUAUGGCCUGUCAAUCUAUCCAUCUUCAGGUCUCUAGUGCUGAUUUAGUGUUUUUGUGGUGGUCUGGUCCUGCUGCCCAACCAUAUAAUGAUCUAAGAGAUGAUCUCAUCUCAUCUGAACCCAUUUAAUUGUAUAAACAGAUGUAGAAGAUUAAUCCAUUUAUAUAAUAGCUGAAUCUGACUUGAUUAAACAACAUAUAUCAAAAUUAAACAGAUAUAUAA